CAGGAAUAACGAGGUUUUGUUUCAACGAAUUGUCUCAUGAACUGUCGUUUCUCACAUGCAGAAGUAAUACCACAGAGGGUAAUUACAAUACAAAUUUCGACGAGGGCGGCGAGUUUGCAAAGAGAGGGAAACCGAUAGGAAAGUACAACGUAUCAGUGGAAAUGAGUUAAGAUCCGAAGGGUUGGCAUCACUGUCCAACAGGCCUCGACCCUGUUCAGGGAGGGGGAAAGCCUGCUUCAACUAGUCCUGGAGCGCGCCUGAGCCCAGACUCUGCAAAGUACGACCCACGCCAACGCUGUCUCGGAUAGGCAAAGCUUCAAAAUCAAGAGUGGAUUUCUUCUUCCCUUUUCGGAUCUCCCCAGUCUCAGAGUCGAGCUGUCUUGGUUAUUUUCGUUGAGUGCGGGAGACGGACAAUACAAGGAGUGUAGCUGCCCACCCACAAUCCUAAGAUCAGCAUAGCCGUGAUCAACCGGGCUUAACCAGACUUACCGUGUGGCGUAUAGAGAUAUCGCUUGCCCACCUAGCACUGUCGCCGAGGCUAACCGUCGGUGACGAUUCAGCCGCCAUCUAUCACAAGACGCGUGCCGCCCUAGCAUCCGUCGGAAGCCAACGAACGCAUAAGUUUUUCCUCAGAAUGUGCUUCGAAAAUAACGCGAUUUCGUAGGAGUCGAUUGUCCACGGUUCCACUGUCCUCGUGAUAGGUUAAAUGUUGUGAUCUGGUGACCCGAACAACGAAGCCAACAUGGAUGCAUACGACAAGAAGUUUGCAGAGAUGCAAAAAUACAUUCCGUUCUUGGAGGCGAUGAUUGAGCGGCUCCAGAAGGUCAAGGAUAAGUCAAGGGAAGCUCAGUUGCAGAAGAUGCAAAGUCUACAUGGGAUCCUGUCCAACAGCAAAAGAAAGUUGAGGAUCGAAACUUUACAGAGAUGCGAGGAUGUCCUGCAGAAGCUACACAAUAAAGUAGAAAAGGGAAAUACGGCAGGCAUUAAUCCCCUGCACAAGAAAUCUGGAGAAAACUCUACGCAAAACGUAAGCUCAAAGGACACGGCUAAGACCAAGUUAGCUGAACCUUCUCAAGAAAAAAUGUUGGAAAAUGAAACGCCAGCAAGUCCCAGUCCAACCGGGAGCCCUGAACACAUGCCAAAAUCGAGUCCUAUUAUUAUACCUACCGAGCGAAGUGAUGAAGCAAGCACCUGUAACUGUGACAGUAAACCUGCCAGUCCUGAUCAAUGUGAAAACAUACCAGUAACAAUCCCAAUUAUCAUUCCCACUGAGCGUAAAGCCGAAUGUAAAAAUAACCAAAAUUCUACGAAUCAUAAUUCAAAUAACUGUGGGUCGGAUAGCAACGAUCCUUUCGCUGAGUGGGAUAUGCUCGAGGAGUCAGAGAAUCAAAUUAACAAGUCGCGUAGAAACACAUGGCAAUCUGUGAUUGCGCCAGGAACCGAUGUAGCCACUGCUGCGAAAUUAGUUUGUGAUAAUUUACCACAAAAAGUCAUUCCGGAGGGUAGACCCCAUGUACCAAUGGCACCUCGCCAUAUACCAACUGUACCUGCUCCUUCAUUGCGAAGAAUUAUGUCAGCUUUUGAUAAGAGUAGGCAUGGUAGUACGAGUGUCGGUACAAUGCACUCUGAUAGAAGGUCACAAUCCCCGGUAAAUGUACCAGAAGUUCGGCUCAAGUCUCCCGAUCCAGAUAUAUUAUUCCCAAGACUAAAAAUUACAUCGCCGCGCCAGAAAGAUAGUGUUAAUCAACCAAAAUUAAGCCCCAAACCUUCUACACCGUUACUGGUCUCACCGCCGUCGGUACUUACUGAACCACCGCUUUCUAUAGAGGAUCUAGCAGAAUUACUAUGCGAGGAAGGUGAUGGCGGAAAAAAAGAUCAACAGAACAAAGAUAUCGCGGUUAACGAUGCAAAAUCCAAGACUUCAAAGAACUCUGGGAUAGAUGAUGUUAGUAAGAGUAAAAAGGAAACGUUGGCAAGCAAAAGUCAAAGAAGAAAUCUGAAAGAUGUCAGCGAAGUAUCGAAAGUUCCGAAUAGUUUCGUGUUGACUCAAGAGGACAUAGACAGAGAAAGUGAAAGGAGAUGGGAAGAAAUAGAUAAACAUAUUGUUAAAUUAACUGCUCGAAGAUGCUUACCUAAUAAGCAUUCAAUUUCCUCGCCAAGUUCGAGACCCGAAACUUCCAAAGCUGGUGAUACCAAAGUAACACCUUCACCACCUAGAAUAUCACAGCCGUUAUUAUCCCCAGGCCUAUUGAGCGCAGAUAAGCCUGUCGAUCAUAGGAAUCUUCCACCAUCUCCGAUGCAAAAUACAAUUAUAGAGAAGGAAAAUGAAAAAGAACACCGCUAUGCGGAUAAUUACGAGCGACACCCGCGGCAAUUUAGAGAUUUGCAUGAGAGAGAAUGCGGAGAUGACGCUAAAGACAUGAAUAUAGUUUCCGGUAAUCUGUCUCGACCAACGGAGGAGCAACUAGGAAACAUAAUAUACCCAAAUCUUCGGAACAAUAUCGAUGCGGGCUUAAAGACUGACGAAAGCACAAGGAAUGCACCGCUUUACCAGAGACGCAGUCAGUCAAAUGUUGUGUCGGCUGACGCGGCGUGUACACUUGGCAGGAAUGACGAGUUCAGACGAGAAAACGUCGACUAUUUCAACAGGAACACUGGCACAAUGACGAAAAGAAAUCCCUUAUUACCUUCGCCCAUGGUCCCCGAGUUUCCUAACUCUCCCCAAUGGGGUUCGGGGUCAAGUUACAGUGGAAAUAUUCGUCCCCCACCCGCAACAGCUCCCCCCAAUACUUACCAACGUAACCCGAACAGUACAAAUUUCCAUCAAGACAUGUGGCAAAUGGGGUCAAACUGUCCUCCAGGGAUGACCUCCGAUUUUCACCAAAUGAAUGACCCCGAAUCUAGAAUACCGCAGUUCAAUCCUCACCCGCCGCCGAUCAGACCGAUGAUCAAUCCGGCAUCUCGACCGCAGGAAAUAAAUCGUGGUCUGCAUUCCGAAGGCGGAUUCAGAGAAGAAACGCCCGGCCCAACCUCCGUGAUACAGCCCUUGCUUUCACCACCCGCUUUUCCGACUGGGCCGCAAUAUAGGAAUACCAGAAUGGAGAACAGGUCCUACGACGCGUCGUACGAUAGACCAUCGGACAUUUCUCAACCGCGACACACCUGGGACUCGUCAUCGACCAGGGUUAGUGAUGUUGGGUAUAGAAGGGACGGCGAUUCCGCUCGCGGCAGGUCCGGAAAUGACGGACCAGUCUGCAGGCCAGGAACGCCCGCACCUUACGCCAGGCCAGGCACUUCUUCUCCGCUUUGGAGUCGAGACAGAGAACGGAAUGACAAUGACUGGAACCGACGUGGACGAGGAAGAGAACGUUACUACAAUGACAGGGGUGGUAGAGGCGAUUCCAGAUGCGGGUUCGCACGCGAUUCUCGAAGAACAGAUUGGGAACGUGACGGCCAUAAUGAGAGGGAUAAUCGAGUUCGGUUGAACAGGGAUAACAGAGUUUCCGAAAGAGAUCCUCGCGUACGAGCCGAGCAGAGACCGCCGAGUCCAGUUAUACCCAAAGAGACUGUAACGGCAACAACGGUUAGAGACCCUCGAUUGAUAAAAGACACUUUCAAUGUAGUCGAUCCGAUCACAGACGUCGUGGGAUCAUCAGGUGACAGAGAUCCAAGAAGGCGUAUUUCUGAAACAAAGGUAAGCAGAAAGAGCCCGAAUGGAAUACAGCCAAGAGGAAAGGAGAAAAAUAAGAACCACAAAUUGAUUGAAGCGAAAAAUCGCAGAGAAUCUGAAGCUGAAGAUAAGGAGAGCGAUAAAAUGUCAAAAGAUAAAUUACACUCUCCGCUUGAAUGUCUGUAUGGCGUUAUUGAUACUAAAGCUAAAACUGGACAAGGUUACGGCCUUCAAAAGUUUAAAAUUCCGAAAAUCAAACGGCCCGAUCCUCCACCUCCUCCAUUAAAAACUGAAACUGCUGCCACUGAAGUAAAGGUAUCAGAGAUCAGUUCUUCUGUAACGCCCGAACAGUUACCUGUAACAAGUCAACAAAAUGUUAAAGAUGAGAAGAAUGAGGACGAUCAAAUUACGCGAAAGGUGAAAGACGAAAGUGGAAGAACGGAUGAUGCGGCAAGCGCAUUGACCGUAAAUAUCUCGAAACCUGAACAACUGGACGAUAAUAAAGUUCAUGAUACAAUAAAUAACAAAGUUGUUUCGCCAAUUGCAGACGAUGGUUGCGACGAAGUGACUACUUCUACUCAAGUAGAUCCUUUGAUCGAUUCUGUCCAACAAUUGAACAGUAUUGACCCUCCAAAGGAAUCAGAUACUUCUAAACCGAAAGAAGAAGUGACCAAAGAAUGGAUCGAAGCCUUAAUUAGAAAAUCCUUUGAAUUCGGUCAGGGAAAACAACUUUUUGAUCAAGCGAAAUUAUUACACAAACUAGGCGAAGCUCUUCAUUCAAAGAAGAUGAAAAAGAUUAAAAAAAUUAUCGAGUCAGAUUCUGAAAGUAGUAGCUCAAGCACAGAAGAAGUUGUGGAAUCAAGAAAGUUGCAAGUAAGGAAAAAAAGGCGUGUAAUUUUUUCAGACAGUUCGGAUGAAGAAUCAUUAGCAGAUAGAUUGGGUUUGCUCAAAGAUACGAUGAAUGAACAGAAUACCAAUGAUGCCACAAAAACUACGGACAUUGGGCAAGAGAGCAAACUUGAUGCUAGCAGUCAAAAUGACAAUGACACUACAUCAGAAUCUAAACUCGAUAUUGUCGAGAAAUCGAAAAGUUCCGACGAAGAUGAGAAAGUUUCUAAUACCACAGCUGCAGUUGAAGAGGUAGCAAUUUCAACGCCAAAGAAAAAGAGAAGCUAUAAAAAACGAGGGAAAGGUUCAAAGAAAAAAGAAUCAGCCACCGAAGACCCUGUGGAAAGCAACGUGGCCGAAUCGGAUCUAUCGAAAGACGAUCCGCUGCCACUUAACGAAAAUGACAAAGUUAAGGAAAAGGUGCCUGCAAAAAUGAAGAACAAGAGAAGAAAUUCUUUGGAAAUGUUGCAAGAGGAUAUAAGAGAAAUGUUUAUAAGUGAAGGAGUUGUUACUGCAACUGGACAUCGAAUGUGCAGAUUGAUCAAAGAAGGGAACGGCAAUUUGAACUCUACUGUACAAACGCUUCCGAACAGUUCUAGCGAAGCGACUGACAAGAAAACGCGUAAAUCCGGUAGCAAACAUAACAAUAAUUCCGAAACUGAUGAAAUAGAUUUUGCUGAACAGUCAAAAGCAAAUGAUUUCGAUCAGAGUAACCGUAGCAAGCAUAAAGCUUCUAAAUCUUCGCAAUCAGAAGGUACCAAAGGGUCACAUCUCGGUUUACAAAAACGAACUUCCAAACGGGUUUCGAAAGUCAUUUCAAGACAGUAUAUAGACUCGUCGGAUAGCGCGGACGAUGAACCACUGAUAAACUCGUUAACGCCCUCCGAAAGUCUCAAGUCUCUUUAUAGUUUGCAAUCAGAAGCAACAACCGUAACAGAGCGAAGCGAAUCACCGCAAAAGUCCGAAGCUUCGCAAUCUCUGGACGCAGAAAAGUUUGAGGAAUCGCGGGAAGUGAUGUUACGACGUAGCAAACGUAUCCCGAGAGUAGUAGUUGAAAAAACUGAACCUAGUAGAAUUGACUCUUCCAAGAUAAUGUUCGAUAGUUCUUCGGAUGAAAGUUUUGGCAUUGAUGUGUCCGACCUGGCUGCAGCAGUCGAUAUAUCCCUUCAUCCAGAACCUGAAUCUCAACAUGAGCCCGAGAUAGUCGAAAGUCCAAGAGUAUCUAGAAGAAAAACUCGCACGCAAACCACUGAAAAGCACAAUCAGAGAUCCAAAAAUGACAAGUCAGCCAAAACCACCGAAGACAAAGUUGACGAUACAAUGUCAUUGACUGACGAAGGUAGCGUUUUGUCAGACAUCUCCAUGUCUGGCAGUAGUACAUUCAGUAGAAGGAAUACCAAAAGUUCGAAUAUCAAAAAUACACCCAAAAGUCAACAAGACACAAACGAAGAAUUGCUGAGCAACAUUUUGAUUGGGCUAACUGCUAAACCAGCAGUCACAGAGGAAAUUGAGAAAGAAAGUGAUGCAGAUGCAGAUGAAGAAUUGGAUGAAAGUAUUGGUGAUACUGAAGGAAUCAAAAAAGGUGUCACAAAGCGAAAAAAGAAAAAAUUUAAUUGGCAAUUGGGUAUUUUAUCUAAGAAAAAAAAGAAAAAGAAGAAAACAUCCGCUUCGAUAUCUCCUGGAAUUCCAGCAUCAGAAGCUGAUCUUAAUGAUAAAACUUUGAAUAUUGUCGAAUCUCUUGACUCGUUGCAAGAACCAGGAAGCCCAAAUCUAUCUCGAAACAAUGAUGCUUUGGGAAAUGACGAAGCUACCUUUCAACAAACUGUGCCAGGCACAGACUCUGUCAACUCGAAUUCUGAAGUACAAAGGUGCAAAAACAUGAAUGUUCCAGAUAUAAAACAAUGCAAAGAUGGCGGUGAACCAGCCGAGAUGGAACAUACCACCGAUAAUGAAGCAUAUGGGAUUGACCAAGUCAACACGUUUGAGGAUCUAAGUGCUUCGGAGGCUGAAAAAUUACUCGAGCAUGCAUGGACAGGUCAAGAGAGAUAUAAGUGUAUGUUGUGCACAUUUACAGGUAAAAAUAUUGUUCAUCAUUAUAAAUUAAAUCAUCAUGAAGAUGAAGUUCUGAUUUCAAGACUUCCGCAAUCCGAUGCAAAAGUAGCAAUUGAAGAAUCGAGUAACAGUGAUAUGAGAAGAGCUGGCCCAAAGUCGUGUGGCAAUGGAAAGUUUGAGUAUAAUUGUAGAUUCUGCCUUUUUUCUACAACGGAUACGAAGGAACUUGCAAAAGAAGCGUUUUACGAACAUUGUACUACUCACACAGGAGAAUAUAGAUUUAAAUGUGUCAGCUGCCCAUACCAAACUGUUGCCAAAUCCUCUCUUAAAUCCCAUUACUAUAAGGUGUGUCGUAAAUUUGCGGACAAUGUUUCGGUGGCGAUCAUUGAAGAUAGUAUACCCAAGGAAGAUGCCGUACACGGUUACAUUUGUUCUCUAUGCAAUUUUGUACAAUUAAAAAAGUGCAACAUUGAAAAGCAUUUAGUUGUAAAGCAUCGUUCCAAUUCCACUGCAAAAAUUGUUGAAAUAAAUAUGUCAAAAAGAGUUAAUGCAGUAUCUAGUACCAAGAUUGACUCCACUGUAACGCACAAGGACAAUAUAGGGGGAAAUGAUAAUGUAUCAGAUGCUGAAAAAAUCAAUAUGACAGUCACAGACGUGUUAGACCAGACAGAUGAAAUUAUAGAAAUUAUUGAGAAUGCAAUGGACAUACAACAAGUUCCGAUAAAAGAUACUGAUGGCCCAAAAAAAGUUGCCACAGCUGAUGUAAAUGCUGAAAUAAAAGUUACUGAAGAAAGUAGUUUCGUGCAAGUUCCAACUGAUGCUGACAAUAGUAAAAAAGCAGUGGAUAACUCAACAGAUGAGAAAGCAUUAGCUGUUGAAAAAAUUGCAAUUAAGGAAAGUACAGAAAACACAUCUGUUUUGCCACAACAAGAAAACGAAACAUCAAUUGUUGGUGGAAACUUGAGUGUCUUUGUAUGUCCGCCAGAAGUAGCAAUUAAAGAGCAUGAGAUUCAAUUAGAGAGGAAAAAAAAGAUGCAAGAGAUUGUAGAAAAUAUUGGGAUCAAAGUUAACAAAGAUGGAUUAAAGAAAUCUCUGUCAAUAAUCGAUAAGCUGAAAGUCAAAAUGGACACAAAUUCUCAAGUAGAUAAGGAACCAAAUGCAGUAGUGAGUAACAGCAACGAUCCACCUAUAAAUUUGCCACACAAAUCUCAGCCAAGCUCGGAUAUAAAUUUAUCUCAAUCAAAUGUGGAAGAAAAUCUUCGUGAUAAGGAACCGUCUCAGUUGAAUAUAGAUGAAAAUUCCUUUAAUCAAAUAACGCUUGUACCUGAUUCAAAUUUGAACAUCUCAACAAAUUGCGAAAAAGGCUUGGGUCUUCAAGACAACUCGAAUGAUUCAAACAAUUCAGAAUCAAAGCCAAAAGAUCCGCUGGUAUCCUUUGACGAUACGUUGCCAAAUUUUGGCAGUGAUACAGAGACAAGUGACGUCGAAAUGACAAAUACAUUUGAACAUUUUGAGUCAGAUUCCAGUAACGAACAGUCAGAGAAUCAAAUACCCCAAGAUGUCAACUCGUUACUGAAGGAAACUGCAACUGAUAAUAAUGCUUCUGCUAGAGGUCUCAUGGCCAUAACAAUCCAGAGACUUGCAGCUCAGCUACAGAGUGCAAAGACUGGUAUGUCUAGUCAAGCUAUAGAUGAUGAGCAGAUGAACGUUGAUCAGGCGGAUGAUGAAAAAAUUAUUCCCGAAGCACCUGAUGUUGUACCAUUAUCCAGUAUUAAACAAUUGUGGAAUAACCAGUUUACCAAGCCUAAAGAAGCCAGACUCGAACAGUCAGAUGACUCGAACCCACCAAAGACUUUGAUUAGGAUACGACGGCUGAGCGGUGACAAACUUUCAGUGCCUUCAAAUCCAGUCGAACCUCAGGAAGAAAAUCAAUUAUCCAGCACUGAAGGAAGUGCUUCAGACUUGGGAGCGGAUGUUCUGCAGACAGACACAGAAGAAGAAUGCUCGUUUUUAAGAAUAGAAAAUGUUGUCAGCCUUGCCCCAAUGGGGGAUGAUGCAGAGGAUGAAAGUUCUAUAAUCAGCGAUAUAAGAAAAGCUGUUGAAACGUCGCCCGUGAAACCUCGGAUAUCAAUAUUAAAGAAGAGCCCAAUUAUUCUACAGAAAGUGGGAAAUAGAUCUGUUUUAAAUCAACGGCUUAUGAGCAGUAUGAGCAACACUGGAGAACCCUUAAAAAUAAUUCCCCUGAAAAGUCUCCCAUCUACAUCUCAAACUUCGAACAAGCAAGUCGUAGCCAAUAUUGUGCCAGUACAAUCCACUUCAAAACUUCAAACCGGUACGCACCUAAAGAAGUCGGUUUUUAUGCCAAAAAUUGUGAAAACAACUGGCACAGCCACAAUAGCCACACAAGUAAAACCAGCUGGAAGUGUUCAACUCCCUGCGAAACCAAAUUACAAAAUAAUCAAGCUCACAAGAACAGCAACAUUGCUCAAGCACAAGGAAUGCGUUGCGCAAUCAAUUGCUAUAAAACUUAAAUCACCAGAAGCUUAUCAGUUGAUGUUGACUCCUGCGAAAUUGUGUCACAUGUUCAAGUGUAUGGCACGUGACUGCAGUUAUACAACAAGCUCGUUAGAGUAUUUCAAAAAGCAUUGCAACGAACAUGAGAGUGUCUGUAUCAAAGAAAAGGCGCCACGACCUUUUGGAUGUCAAAACUGCGCUUAUUGUUGCACAGUUUUAGAUGAUUGGGAGGCAAUGGAAACGCACUUGAUGAAUCGACAUGCACACUGCCGAUAUCAAUGCAGAUUUUGCUUCUACAGAGCUGUAACUCAAUCUUAUGUAGAGCUACAUCAGGCCGUCAGUCAUCCAGGUCAGGUUAUAACUGUGUUGCAAGGCAAGGCAAUUCACGAUAAAAUUCCUGAUGAACGUAUGGAUCGUAACGAGUGUGUAAAACCAUUCAUAUGCCAACAAGAAUGUUGGAAGAGUUUUUACAUUCCCGAGAAGUUUGUUUCACAUUUGAAAACAAAACAUGGUCCACUACUCUCGAUAUACAAGUGCCACUUGUGUGCUCAAACAAGUUUGAAACCAGAGCAGCUUGUGUCGCACUACAAAAUCCAUGGAAUAUACAAAUAUCAAUGCAUGUACUGUGUCAAUGGGUCUGACAUGUUGUGGGAGCUACAUAAUCAUCUUAGCAACGUUCACUGUAAUCUACCACCACAUGUUAUUGAAAGAAACCUUAUGCCACAGGUAUCAAAGGAACAGAAUGUGAUCGAUCAAUUGACUGUAAAAAACGUCGAAGACGAUUUCAAGUUUACAGAUCUUGUUACCAACAUUAAAGAAAUCCCUGAGGAAUGUUGGCAACUCGCAAAACCUCAAUCUCAAUACAAUGACCCAAGUACUUCAAAAAAUUCCAGUGGCACAUCGCCGAACGAGAUAUUCCUAAGCAGCCCAGACAAAGGUGGCAAAAUAAGCUUAUUAAAGAGAAAUCUGUUUUCUGAAAUUUCUGAGAGUGGUGAAACCCAGAAUAACGCUGCAGGAACACUAGCUAUGUCACGUUACACUAUACAGCACUCCAAUGAGGAUGAAAGUCUUGACAAUAGGAUAUCUAUUCCUGAGGUAGACGACUCGAACGAGUAUUGUGUACCGCUAGAUAUAGAACUUCUACCAGAUAAAUUACACGUUGAGAAAUCAAUCGGCAAUCCGUCCUUAAGGGAAUCCCAGGAGUACAGGCUCAAACCUUGUUUAUCAUUUGAAUAUUCUGCCGAUAAUAACAGCGACGGCCGUUCAGAUGUUGGUAACUUGCAAAAGUCACUUCAGGAUUCUGAUUAUAGAAAAACACUAUUAGCUGUUGAAAAUGCUGCAGAUCCAUUGAGUUUGAACAAAUAUUCAAAUUCCGUCGAACAAUUAGUUGGAGAUAAGGGUGUCGAAGGGUCUGACAGCUUGAAGAAUUUCCCGAAUGACGGAUAUUCUGAUUCACCACUAAUAGCUGUAGAUUCAACUGGAAAGAAAGCAGAACUCUCAGAUGAUAGCGAUAUAGAAAUAUUGGAAGACAGCACACAGACUGUAACAAAAUCCAGCACACCCGAAAUCAAAAUGACUGAGAAUGCUGAAACAAAUUCUCAGAUAUCAAUGAGUACUGCAACAACUAGCCAUAAAACUGAGGAAACACAAUCUGUUACGGCAAGCAAUAGCAGCGAUGCAAAUCUGAACGUUAUUUCGAAUACCAACUUUGAAACAACUUCCAACGCAGUUAGGCAACUGCUUACUUUAGAUGAUAUAAAAGAUACAGGGUUUACCGGCACUGACUUGUACAAAUGUGGAAACUAUAAUUGUAGUUUCAAUUCGGAUACACCAGAGCUGUUGAAAUGCCACCUAUCAAGUUGCACAGCCGACAACGACAUUAAAUCCCUAAUUUGUGCUCACUGUAAGAAACGUUUUGUUAAAGUGGGAUUUUUGCUGGAACAUUUGAAGACACACGGCCUCAAACGCUUUGGAUGCUCAUUGUGUCCAAUGAGGUGCACAUUGCCUUAUCAAGCUAUGUCUCACAUGAAGUCUAAACAUAAAUUCGCUUCUAACAAAUUAGUGCCUGCAGACCCCAAGAACCCAUCAACCGAUGGCCUCUUUGUGGUUCAGCCAAUACGUGGAGCGAUAGAGAGAGGAAGGGGGAAAAAACGAACACCCACAAAAGUGUCGGAUAAGGAAAAUGAGAAAUCCAUAGAUGUUGAAAAACUAUCCUUCAGUCCUGAUGAAAUAGAGUCUCUGCCGCGCCAAGCUAUUUAUAAUCGAGAAGUGAUGUGCGCAGUUUGUCCAUACAAAACCAAAGUAAGAACAAACAUGAUUCGACAUCUGCAACUUCAUGCUAAGGAUGAAAGUGUACCUGAAUCUGGUCCUGUGAAUCCAGUGCCAUGUUUGGACAAGAAGGAAAGAAUGUUUGACAAGAUGGUCAACUUGGCUAGCAGUUCUCAUCAAAACGGGCGAAUGGGCAACAAAUCUCGUGACGUGAGCAAAGAGAACACCGAUGAUGCAUCUUUGCCUCAAUUUGUACCAGAACACAAAAGAUAUGUGUGCGGUGUUGCCGAAUGCAAUUACCUGACAGUUGACGACACGAUGUUACGCUGUCAUCUCAAAGCCCUACAUUCAGACGAACCAUAUUUCCGCUGCCCUCACUGCUCAUCACCCCAGCCGGGACAAGAGACCCAAAACAUAGGGAUAGACAAGAUGGGGAUUCACUUGAAAAUGCACGACACUAGAUUAUAUAAAUGCUCUCAUUGUAAUCACCACCAUUAUCACAGGCAUGUCGUGGAGAGACAUCUUACAGACAAGCACGGGGAUAAACGGCCAUUCGUGAAAGUAAUCAGAGAACCGGAAAGCAUUGAAACUACGCAAAACAUACAGGAUGAAAUAGAAGAUGAAGGUCCAGAUCGCGACGGUAACCACUGGAAGUGCAACUUGUGCGAUUACAAGUGCAUGUAUAAAAAUGAGAUGAUUUCACACGCGUCGACAGAACAUGAAGAACGGUCUCAGUUUAAAUGCAGGGAGUGCAGUUACAAGACAACUGGGAAAAUUAAUAUUGAACAACACUUUAUUUCGAGACAUCCCGAAGAGCCUCAAAUAAAAUAUGAUAUGACCUACCAGAAAAUUAAAGGUAGUCUGAAAAAAAUCGGGGAGAUGACAGAUCAAGGCUCAACUGACGAACCAUUUGACACAACACCGCUGUGGAGGCGCGACAUGCCCAGAAUAAGACACAUCCGUGGUAUUCUUCUAGAGGAAGAAGAAGCUGCAGCUGCAACUGAUUCUCCUAUCAAAGGUACCAAGCGUAAGAGCGAAGGAAGCGAUGUUACAGGCAAACAGGCAAAGUUUAAACCCAGUAAAACGACGCCCGGUGAAGUAGGAAAAUCUAGCGAUGAAAAAGUAAAAAUAAUGACAGUCAAAACCACUGAAAUAAAGAAAGGAACUGAACCAAAUAGCCCAAUUAACGAACGAGUGAGCAAGAUUCGUGCUGUGGAUAAAUUACGAUUGUUAGAUAAAACUGAAGAUGAUAAACUACACGAGACCUUGGAAAAUCCGGUGACUGACACUAGCAUUUCUGAAGACUUUAGCGAAUUAAGCGACUCUGAAAUGGGACAGUUUGGCCCUUACGGAAAACCUAAUGGCACUUUGUACGUGUGCACACUCUGCGAAUAUUUUGAGACGAGAUAUAAGCAUGAUUUAAGGGAUCAUCUCUACCGAGAAUUGAAGUACAAAAAGUGGCAUUGCAGAGCUUGUGGAUUUUUAUCUGUGAAUCGUCAUACGUUAGUGAAACAUUUUACUAAACAACAUCCUGGCGAAGAGCCAGCUCAUGAAAUGCUUACUCCCGAUAAUUCGAUUGAGGAGUGGGUAACAACUUUAUUGCAAAGACAGACAAGUAUUAUUAAAGGAUUAACAAAAAAAACUAGUUCAAAAGUAAACGUCGAUAAACUUACUCCAUCCGGGCCUACACAAGUAUGUAGACAGUUCAAGAAGUCUGCGAAAGAAAUUAAUCCCUCUGUACAAACAGUAAUAAAAGAAACUGACGACACUUCGAAAACUUUUGACUUGACACAUGCUAUUAGUAAAUUGCAAGACAGUUCCAUUAAUGCCAAUAUGGAGGCAGAUAUCGACGAUGAGGAUAGUAGAGACAACAACGAUCUUGUCAUUGAUCUGAAAGAUGAUAAUUUAGAAGAAGCUGAAAUACAAGAGGAAAAAACAAUAUCCACCAAAUCUCGAGAGAUCAAAGAUGCAGAAAAACCUCUGUUGUGCAAACAUUGUAACAUGAGGUUUGCCAGGCUACGAGGAUUCAAACUACACGUACAAGUGGCUCAUCUAAAACGUCUGAAUUUCCUUUGUCCAUAUUGCGAUAGAAGUACCAAUUCUGAAGUGUUGAUGCGCCAACACAUUACUGCCAAGCAUCCUGAUUUAUCAGUAAAAAUUAUUCCUAAUCCUGCUGCUGGGGGUCCAGAAUUAACUAAAGAGUUUUGGGAAAAGGAAUAUGGCUUGGUUUGUUCCGGCAAAACGAAAAAACGCAAACGUCAAUCAAGCGCGGAAGAUCUGAACAAAUCAAAGGAUGAUACAGAUAGGGCCGCUUGUCGCGACGUAUGCGAUUUGUGUGGUUUCAGUGCACUGAAUUUAACUGGUUUUAAAGCUCACAUGCGUAUGCACGCAAAUAAAAGUACUAUAAAAUGUGGCCAUUGUGCAUUUAGCGGAUCUGCUGAUACCGACGUUCGGCAGCAUUGGAAAGUCAGUCACCCACAUGCACCAUUUAAAGUUGAAGAACUCUCAACAGCUGGCCCAUCCAAUCGAAGCCCGACUCUGAGUGAAGAAAAAAAGAGAAGCAUCGAAGAAUACAGUGACGACGUUGAAGAAGAACAAGUUCCUUUAGCUGGCGAGACAUCGGAAAAACUUAUCUUUUGCUGUUUUUACUGUAGCUUGCAUAGUAGUUCACUAGAUACUGUUAAAAGUCACUGGAAAAUGAUACAUAAGGAACGAAAAGAUGAAAAUGAUCCUCCAAAAUGGAAAACUGGUUUACCGUUCAAGUACAAAAUGAUGCGCAUGCCGCUGCAAUCCACACCUGAAAAUCUUUUACAAUGCGGCUAUUGUGACAAGAAGGGAGGCAAAGCAACACUGAGGGUCCAUACGCGUCGGAAACACAGUCAUCUACCGCCACGGUUUAUCAAACUAGAUGACAUGGCAGAGGAAGGUUGGACUUGCCAGUGGUGCAAUGAAUUUUGCGAAACAGAGGACAAAAUGAAUCAUCACCAGGACAUGUUCCACUCGCAUUUGCCAUUGCAUUUUAAGAAACAGGAAUGCGAAGAGCAACACAGGGGGUACAGUUGCCCCGAGUGCUCCUUCACCUCCGUAUCCAUUGGGGGUAUGAAAAAACACGUUGUGAAGCAUGUAAACUUUUUAACGUGUAAAUAUUGCAACGCAGCAUUUUCCAGCCAAAACCUGGUAGCAGUGCACAAUGCUGAGUUUCAUCCAGGGUUGGAAUUGAAAAUAGACAGUAUAUCCAAUUAUGAUUCACUCGUUACGAGCAUGAUGGCCAAAGUCAAAUGGAGUAAACCCAAGCAAUCGAUCACGAGUACGACUGUGACCAGAGAAACGAAAGUCGGAACUGAGUCUAAGAAACAUGCUGUUGCUAAGAAGUCAACAGCAAAGCCACCGUCCCGUGUCCAGUUUUUGCCUAACAAAAUGCGAUGUGUUGCGCGAAAAUCUACUAAUACGUUAACAAGGCAUUCGUCAAGCUUUAUGGUUAGUUCAAGCAGAGACCGUUUAGGAGCGAGCUCUCCAAACAGAGAUAAAAGUCCAAUGAGAAGUCCUGCUGGAUUUUCUUACUAUCGCGUCACCAGCCCACCGAUCAGCUUAGCUAGUCUAAGUACAUACAUGUCGGUAGGUGGACAUCAGAUGAAGGUAAAUUGUACGACACUUGGUCAGUUGAUGAACAUAAAUCCCAAAGUAAUAGUGAAAGACCUGAAGCAAGAUCUUAAAAGUUUAUCGAUUCUUUCAAAUCGCACAUAAAAGAGUUUGCGACCAGUAACGAUUGCCCAGUCUCAUGCAUCUCGAGGAUCCAUCAGUACAACUAAUCAUAGGUAUAUUUUUCUGAAUCACGUUUCUUAAAGUACAGAUUACUUGUCUUGAGCAUUAGUACAAACUUGUCAACAAUAUCAUCAGUUUCACAUGUCUAAUCUGAUCUUGAUGUAAUCUCCUAUAUCAUAACGGAAAUGUUUUACUUAUCCUUGGUAUAGGUGCUAAAUUUUCGAAAUAUAUUUUAGCAGUAACUAUUGCAGCGUGCAUAUUCUUUUUAUUUUGUACAAUAGUGAAUUUAUGUUGCGGCAGCAUUUCCCCUGGAA